AGGUUCUCUGUCUUCAAGAAGGAGUGUGGAUGCAAGAGCUGCGGGCGCCUCUUCUGCUCGGGCUGCCUUAGCUUCAGGGCUGUUGUUCCCUCCUGUGGAAACGUUCAGCAGAAGGUGUGCAAGCAGUGUCAUGGAACUCUGACUGGAGAGGGAUCUCAAAGCAGUUCAGCAAAAUGGUCACCACCAGAAAACUACAAAAAGCGUGUAGCAGCUUUUGAGGCUAAGCAGAACCAGCUGAAAGAGCAACAGAAGGCAGCUGAAAGGCCCCCAUGUCAAGCAGGCUCCAGAUACCAGGGGCUCUCAAAAGAGGAUAGAGCUAUUGUAGAGAGACUGGACAGGCUCAGGGAGGAGAGGAAACCAAAGUCCAUUCCUACUCAGGCUGAGAUUGAAGCUAGGCUGGCUGCCCUGAAGGAGGACUGCUGGGGACUUGUUCCAUCCACACAGGAACUGGAGGACCGCUUGACUGUCCUGCAAGGGAGAGAUCCUCCUUCCCAGGCUCUCAGACCUGUACACCAACCUCCUGAUACUAGAAGUCUGGUCCAGCAGACAGAUGACCUUUUAACUCAACUGUCUGAGGAAGUUGCCAUUGAUGAGCAUUACAAACCAAGAGUCCAGCCUCAAGCUGUGAGCACCCAAAGUUUGAAUGAUCUCAGUGGGGAAGGUGAAGAUCCUGUUCACCCUGCAAAUCUAGACCCGAAACAGCUAGAGGAAGAGAAGAGUAAACUUCUAGCAGAAGCUGCUGCUGAGCUACAGGAAGAGAACACUAGGCAGGAAAAGAUCCUACAGAUUGCCAAGAGACUGGCAGCACUCAGAGGAGAGGACCCAGAGAAAGUUACACUGGACACCUAUAAACUCCCUGACAGUGAUGAGGAAGUGGCUGAGGAGGAGGCUGUUCUCAGAGUGCUAAAACAGCUCACAGAGGAAGCAGCCCUGGAUGAAGCAAGUGGAUUCAACAUUCCUCCAGAUCAGACCACUCAACCAGGACCCUCGCAACAGAACCUGCAUAAGAAAGCAAAGCAAAAGAGCCAGACUCCAGCCACCACAGCUCUCGUCAGGGCAGGGGAGAGUGAUGAGGAUGAGUUACCCUGGUGCUGUAUCUGCAAUGAAGACGCCACCUUGCGCUGCCACGGCUGCGAUGGGGACCUCUACUGCCAGCGCUGUUUUCGGGAAGGCCAUGAUGAGUUUGAUCUGAAGGACCACAUCACCUCCCGCUAUCAUCUUCCUCACAAGGAGAAGUGAUCACACUCUUCGUGGGCAGAAGAGAAGAUGGAGAGCAGGA